AUGUCUGAAAUCGACAAGCGCCAAGAGCAGGACAAAAAGGCGCAACUUUUACAAAAUCAAUACAACCAAUAUCAGGAAACUUUGACAGAAGUUCAAACGCAACUUAGUACAAUUUCAUCACAGAUUGAAGAACAUCAAAUAGUUGACAAGACGUUGGUUGCAAUUCCACCAUCUGAACGCCUGAACAGAAAAUGCUUCAAAAUGGUAGGAGGUGUGCUUGUAGAGAAGACGGUAGAUGAAGUUAUAAGGCUUUUAGACCAAGACUUAAAGAGUCUUGCUACCAGUAAGACUAAAUUAGAGAGUGAGGUGGUGAGAGUGAGAAAGGAAAUGGAGAGUUGGAUGAAAGAGAAGAACGUAAAGAUUGUUCGUCAAUAG